AUGCCGAAGUUCUUCUGCGACUACUGCGAUGUGUACCUCACGCACGAUAGUAUGAGCGUGCGCAAAGCGCACAACAGCGGUCGCAACCACCUGCGUAACGUCCAGGCCUACUACGAGCAGAUAUCUAGCGACCAGACACAGCAGGUCAUCAACAGCAUUACGGACGCAUACAACUCGGAAGGCCAGGCGAAUCCGCUGUACACAGCAAAUCUGAAUGGUGGUUUCCCUGGAGGGCCCAUGGCUCCGCCUCUGGGCAUGGGGAUGGGAGGGCCAAUGGGCAUGCCGAUGCCCGGUGGAUUUCCGCCGCCAGGCAUGCCAGGAAUGCCACCACCAUUCAUGCAGGGAGGACGGGGCGGACCACCCAACAUGCCUCCAAACAUGCCUCCUUUCCCUCCGAACGGUAUGCCCCCAAUGCCAGGAGGUCCCGGUAUGCCACCUAACGGCAUGCCACCCUUCCCGCCACCAAACAUGGCUGGCGGACCGCCGAAUAUGCCAUUCCCUUUCCCUCCACCGAACGCAGCUGGCUCGCCACCAGGCGGCAUGCCUUUCCCACCUCCAGGUGCUAUGUGGAAUAUGCCUCCGCAGCGGUUCCCUCCCGGGCCUCCUGGACGCUAG